CCAAGCAUAUGCCAAAAAUAACACCUCCUCUUGUUCAGCACCCAAAGUCGAAGGAUAGCUCUGGCCUUUCAAUGGAAGAAAGUGCUAGAUUUGUCAGUGUUGUAUAAUAUAACCAAUUCUCAGUGUCCAUAUUUGUUUAGGAACGAUCGAAAUUGUCUUCAUUUAAUGUGAGAGACAGAACUGGCGUCAAACAUGCGUAAAAAUCAACGCUGUCCAAGCAGGGAACCACCGAGAAAGGAAUUAUCGCCGCUCAUCUGAGGCCAAUCUCGAUUAUUUUUGUCAAAUAAGGAAACAUAACAUAGCUAGCCGGCUAACGUUAGCUCCGUAGAUAGCUAGGUUAACGACAUAUCUUCACACAAAAGCAGAAUCCGGCAGAUAAUCAAGAUUGGAUCUACAUUCGCACAACAGCAGGAAAACCUAUAGGCAGCAAUGGGUGCGUUCCUGGACAAGCCGAAGACGGAGAAGCAUAGUGCCCAUGGUGAGGGCAAUGGGCUGCGUUAUGGCCUGAGCUCCAUGCAGGGCUGGCGGGUGGAGAUGGAGGAUGCCCACACAGCUGUGGUGGGUCUCCCCCAUGGACUCACCGACUGGUCCUUCUUUGCUGUCUACGAUGGCCAUGCAGGCUCCCGGGUGGCCAACUACUGCUCCGGCCACCUGCUGGAACACAUCUUGUCAGGAGGGGCCGACUUUGGUUCAGGUCCCGGCUCUGUGGAGGGGGUGAAAGAUGGCAUCCGCUCGGGCUUCCUGAACAUUGACGAGUACAUGCGCAGCUUCACUGACCUGCGGCAGGGCCUGGACCGCAGCGGAUCAACAGCCGUGUGCGUGUUGCUCAGCCCGACCCACCUCUACUUCAUUAAUUGCGGUGACUCGCGGGCCGUGCUGAGUCGAGACGGCAAGGUGGGCUUCUCCACCCAGGACCACAAGCCCUGCAACCCUCGUGAAAAGGAGCGCAUCCAGAACGCUGGCGGCUCAGUCAUGAUCCAGAGGGUAAAUGGCUCCCUGGCUGUGUCCCGGGCCCUGGGGGACUAUGACUACAAAUGUGUGGAUGGUAAGGGCCCCACGGAGCAACUGGUGAGCCCUGAGCCUGAGGUGUGUGUGUUGGAGCGAGCGGCCGAAGGAGACGAGUUUGUGGUGCUGGCAUGUGAUGGAAUCUGGGACGUCAUGUCCAACGAGGAGCUGUGUGAGUUUGUCCGCUCACGACUCCUGGUGUGUGAUGACCUGGAGAAGGUCUGUAACUCAGUGGUGGACACCUGCCUGCAUAAGGGGAGCAGGGACAAUAUGAGUGUGGUGUUGGUGUGUUUACCUGGAGCUCCCAAGAUCUCAGAGGAGGCUGUGAAGAAAGAGGAGGAAUUGGAUAAAUACCUGGAGACCCGUGUUGAGGAGCUACUGGGAAACUGCGGGGAGGCGGGAGUCCCUGACCUGGUGUCUGUUCUGAGAAGCAUUGCCACAGAGAACAUCCCCAACCUUCCACCUGGCGGCGGCCUGGCCAGCAAGCGCAGUGUGAUCGAGGCGGUGUACAACAAGCUCAACCCUCACAGAGAAGAGGAAGGGGCUUGUGCGGGGGGAGAGGAGGAGAGUGAGGAGGGAGGUGGCAGUACGGCGGCUCAUCUGCUGGAGGCUCUGCGGCAGUUCCGCCUCCACCACCGGGGGCAGUACCGUGCGGUGCUGGAGGAGUCCCUGGCCGCCUACCACCUGCGGGGGGAGAGCGCUGCCGAGGGAGCAGGGGAGAGCAGGAGGACCUCAGACAACGACGAUGACAACGACGACCAGGAGCAGCCUGCCUCCCCUCCCUCCCCCCCCUCGCCCCCGCCCUCACCUGCCACUGCAGAGCCGGAGGCCAGCCAAGAUGCGCCUGCCCCUGAGUCCGAUCCCUCCUCUGACUGAGCACCCUGCCCGCAAACCAACCCACCUAUCUCCGUGUCUGUCCCCAGAGCUCUAGUCAGAUGUGCUAUGACCUCUCCUUUUUCCCUCAUCACAGAACUUGAAUGGACACAUCGGCCAUUUAGGGCUCUAUCAUUGUCUUCAACCGCAGCUGCCAUUGCCAUACAUGAAUAUUUUAAUAAUUUGUUGGAAAUAAAAAUGGCCCCUCUGUCUAUUCAAGUUCUGUCUCCAAGCCACAUACAUACCAUAACCUAAUGAGGACUCUUUCUUUUUCUGAUUUGUUUCCCCUGUCCUCUAAACUUGAUUGGCUUGGAUUUCCUAAACUUGCCAGCCACCUUUACGGCUUGACCACACUGACUUGUGUUUAUAAUAGCAAAGAAUCAAAACAAAUUAUUAUUAAGUGCAAAAGUGGCUGGUGAAGCAAAAAAAAAAAAAAAAAAGAACAUUGCACUCCAUGACCUACAUUUAACCAGUUCUGGCUUCUGGCUGCUUUCCUACCUGACCCACCACCCCAGCCUCACCCCCACACCUACUUACAGUGGACGAACUGACAAAGAAAAGGAGAGGAGACACUCUGAACUGCAGCUGUGUCUCCAGGCCUACGCCAUCUACAGACUCAGAACACACUCUUCUGUGUAUAUGUAUGUAUGUAUGUGUGUGUAUGUGUGUCUGCAUGAGUUUGAGAGACCAAGCAAAGAGACCAAUCAUCACUUCAGAAAUUUGUGGUUUUGGUAGUGGAUCAUACUUGAGUUUUAGCCCAUUUAUCAGCAUGUUCAGCGAUGUUAGGUCGUUCAAAUCACUGGGCAAUUUAACCACAGAGGGAUGCUUGUGUGGGUGGGUGUAUACUUGUAGUUUGAACGACAGUUCUUUUAAAUAAAUCUAUCACCACAUAUCCCUAAUUCCACAUCACCACAGUUUAGUACACUGUCUCACAAUUAUGCACAAAGAGGUUAAAAUUUGUUCCUUUUUGGUUAUUCAGGUGAAUGUCAAUGUGCCAGUAACACUCGAGAGGGCAAAACAUAUCGUGGUACCAGGCAACCAGAGUGGUCAUAAAAUUAAAAUAUGUUCAAAUGAAAAUAAGACAAAGUCUGUAGCCAGGCUAGUAACCCUUUAAGGCUGUAAUGCUCAUUGCACACCAGGAAAAAAAAAAACAUUGAAUGGAUGAAAAUUAGAAGCCUUUACUCGUGGGCAAAAUGGUUACAUUGAAAGUUCAUAUUGUUUCCAAAAUCAAAAGGCUUUAUCCUUUGUACAGUUUGUGUUUUUUCUUAGCCAUUCAGUAUCAUGCACCAUAUUGUGUGACAUGGCUUAACUUGUGUCUUAGCUGUGUCAGCUUUGUCAGUGUUAGCCGUAAACUGUUGUUAGCAGCUCCAAUCACAGUCUCUGUUGGUUCCAUAGAAAAGAUCAUGGAAGCGGCUGUGUGCUGCUCUUUCAUGGAGAUUACAGUUUGAAAACACUUCCAAUGAAGCAUAAAUCUUACCUUUGUGUUGCUUGUUGAAGUUUGUUUUUUUGAGUUUGGAAUGAGCUCAGUGUUGCCUAUUCUGGCUGUUGUGGUGGAAAAAAAAAACACAGGUCAUGCAACUUAAACGACAGUAUACUGUAGGACCUUUGCCACCAUCAUGGUAAUAAUACGCCCUGUUGAAGAGUACCAGCAGCAGGCAUAUCGGUUGUUUUCAUGGUAACAAUGAAAACAUUUUCAUUUGUUUUCAUGGUAACAAUAAUAAACACGUGGUUGAAGUUGUGGAACAGUUACGGUUCGGUUAGGUUUAAGUACAAAAACUACUUGGUUAGGUUUAGAGAAAGAUCAUGAUGUGGAUUAAAAUAAGUACUUCACUGAGGUUAGAGGACCUUUGUUGUCAUGGUUACAGUAAUAAACACCUGGUUAAGGGGGUGGAAUGGUCAUGGUUGAAAGAAACAAUGUUGAUUAUUGGUUUCAAACUGGACACAAACAGCGGUGCCCUGUGUCAAAGUCCUGUGUUUUGUCAAGCCGUCCAUCCGCCCCAAACUCCUCGUAACGUGGAAGAAGUUGCUCUAUAUGCGACAUCACUUUACUUCCCCAUUCGCUCCUGUCAUAAUUACUGCGGCCGCUAGAGGUCGGCUGACAAGAAAGCGUAACUAAGCGUUGUAAUAAGAUACUUGCACAGUCGAACUAUGGGCUUGUUUUUUUUACAGGACAGUCUGAGAAAAAAAAAAAAAAAAAAAA